GAAGAAUUCAUAAAAUUUUAUAAGAAUUCAUAAAAUUAGUGGAGUUGUUUUCCCAUCUUUUACUUAUUCAGAGUUUGUAGGUUCAUAAAUUCAUAACGUAACUAAAUUCAAAUUUUUAGUGUAACGAUAUUAAAAUUUGUAAAUUGUCUCCAAAAAGGGGCUGAACUUGAAGAUAAGCCGAACUGGCAACUGGAGUUGUUGUUGAUCUGAAAUUAUUGGAAUUUAUCUGAUGAAGAACGAACAGUUGGAUCUAUCAACCAACGAGGAACAACUUCUUGCUGUCUUUUAACAUUCUUUCUCGUACUUCCUUCAUAUAUACUUUAUUCGUUUACUUCCUUGGAAUGAGAGAGAGUUUCAUUAUCUUAAUAUUGCAUAGAUUCCACGUAGAAAUCAUAGGACAAAGUGACAACAGGCAAUACAGUAGGUCAAUGACGGGCGAGUCGGUUUUGAUCCUAAACCUUUGCAAUGGUGGGCGUUUCCGAGAAACAAGGGCAUUAUUUAUUAGUUAGCAUUUCUUCUUUUUAUCAUAAAACGUGAAUGAGAAUGAAAGUAGGCAAGACAGUAUAGGCCAAUCACGAUUUUAAUAGUUGUGGACAUUAUAUAACGUAUUUAUAUGCCAAUUGUAAAUUAGUGAAUUUUAUUAUAUACUAAGAAAUUGAAUAAUUGUGCGGCUAUACUAAUUAAUGGGUUAGACUUUCAUAAAAUAGUAGUUGAAUAUAACCUACCAUUGUGUAAAGUACAGAUGAAUGAUGAAACUUAGGCGUUGAAUUAUAGCGUCGUAUUUAUUCCCUACAAAUUUAUUCACAAUACGUGUUUUGUUGUAAGUGUUUCCAAUAAUGUUGAAUUUAGAAAGCAUUUUUCGUAUUAUUUUAUUAUAAUAUAUAUUUUGUAUAGUUGGAGUUUUAAAUUUUAUAUGAAAACGAAAAAUAAACCAGAAGCAGUUCAUAUAUAUAGUAUCAUCGUUGCAUUAUCUGUAUUUAAAUUCGAUAGUAUGCAUAAAUCAUAUAUGAAAAAGAUACUGUACAGUAUAUCUGUCAAAAGUUUAAGACAUAAAUUAAAAAGAUACUAGCAUGGUAUUUUCCCAAUUUACUUUAUCUUUUAUCUAUAAAAAUAUCAUUAAAAUAUAAAUUAAAAAUUAUUUAACCAAUCACAAAACAGAUUAAAAAUAUGAUUGGUUACACAAUUUUUGAUAAAAUUAAAAAGUACAUUAAAAUAUGAAAACAUCAUCUAUUUUAAAACAUCAAAAACUCUUUAAAACAUCAUUUAUUUUGAAACAGAGGGAGAAUUUCACAAUUUUAGAGAUCUAUAAGGUAUAGAACUUCUUGAGUACCUCAAAAUGGAAGAUAUAUAUACAAGUAGUUUUUGAGACAGAAUAAAUAUUUAUGAGAUAAAGAAAGUGAUACCUGGUUUGGUGAUUGUUUACUGUCCUCAAUAUUGUCUAUUGUCCUCUCCGCGUUAUUUGAUGAAACAAGUUUACUUGGUUGCGAGUCUUCGCCUAUCCUUGUAGAACCCGAUCUGAAUUUUAGAAAGAUGGUGUAGACCAUCUCACCGACCCAUAUCUCACGAUUUAAUACUCGGAUAAACCAAUUCUCAUCAGUUCCUUGAGUCCACAUGAUCAAACACCCUUAAAGGUACGUACUAUAUUAUGUGAAAAAGAAAUGCUGCAGCGUCUAAAAAAUGAUGCUUUGUGGACUCCUCAGUAGAACUCAAAGGUUGUACACACGGUGAUUAUGAGUCUCUUGUUUAGAUACUAGAAGGUUUAUGCAUGUCUACUAAAUGUAUCUCGGAUAUUCAUUGAAUUCUUAGAAAUCACUAAAGUUCCAUAAUGUAUCAAUAUCUUCUGUAGAAGUUGAAUACUGCAUUUUGUACUUGAUGUUUGCGUGAUUGUUUGGUCGCGAAGCUCACUGAUGUUUAUGUUAUCUUGAACAUAAGCACUUCCGGCUAUACGUACUAGCAAAUAAUAACAUAAAUAUACAAAAAGAUUAAAACCUAAUGAGAUUGGUUUAUGAUGUGUCACGAAGAAGUUGUUUAACUUUUCUUCAUGAUUUUUUUUCUUCUUGAAAUCAACCUUUCUUCAUGUUCGGAACAGAGUUACAGUUGUUGACGUGCAAUAUACGAGUUUUAAUAUUUAUUUCCAUCUUGAGGGCAAAUGUAAAUUACGUAAUGAGGUUUAUGUAAUUUCAAGUUUUCAACCAUCUUCUGGAAUCCAUUUUUUCAUCCUUUUAACUAUGUUAUCAAACUGUGGUAUUGAUCGAAGUCUCACACAAAGGUAAAUUUCUCUCUUAAGGACAUGAAUUGUUAGAUGCCGGCUUGAUAUAAGCGUUCUAUUUAAACAUGUAGUUUAAUGAAAAUAUCAGAUUCAUAUCUAAUUAUAUACUUCCUCUAGUAACACUCACGCCUAAGUUUAUAUUUCCUCUAGUAACACUCACGCCUAAUGUUUUGCCUAGAUAGGCUUUCUAUCUAAUUAGUAAUCUCUCUACCUCUCCUAUUUUCUGUUCCUUUCGUUUAUUCAUGACUAAGUUUGUUUUUGUUGUUUGUAAUGAAGUGAGAGACUAAUUGGCUAUUUUUUUUUUCAAAAGAUGGCUGAAAAUGAACGUGGAUAAUACCUAGCAUGUAGAUACAACUCAUAGAGACAAUACAAACAAUGAGGAAUUCUCAUAGACACAAUACAAACAAUGAGGAAUCUCACAGAAUUCUCACCUUAUUCAGAAUCUAAACUCAAUCGCCUCUGAAGUUGCACAUCCAUAAAGAGAUCAAUGUGACGCUCUUCCGAAAAUGUAGAUUCCAACCACUUAAGAAAGGUUUCAUAUGCCAUUAGAAGGAAACAAAAAAGAUCGAAGUAAAGAGAAACCGAAACGCUAGGAUUUCUUCAAAAAGGCACUAUCUCAUAAAAAUAUCUAAGAAGAAAAUUCACUAUAAACAAAACAAAAGACAUAAUCGGAGCAAAGAGGAACAAAGUGAAGUUGAGCUGCUAAUGAAUGACAUGGACACACCCACACGCGCAGACCAUACGUCAAUCCCGCCUGAACCAAUAACUUGUUCGUAAGGACAAUAGUGUGCUCCAAACCCGUAGAAGUGUAUGCCAAUAAAUGCCAAAUCUAGCGGAAUAAGUGGAAAAAUGAAACGUGAUUUUGAUUUAUAAAAACAAGAUGAAAGAUAGAAAACGAGGACAUGAUAUUUUCAAUUAAUGCAUACACUCAAUAUAAUUUUCGCUAAAAAAAUAUUUUUUUUUGAAAUUUUUUCACUAAAUAUUUAUUUUACCUUUAUUUUGAUUCUUGUAAAAGUUGUUUGCUCCUCCUACUUUUAUUUCAGUUCUUUCCUCAUUUAACUUAUUUCUUCACUUGGUUCAAACUCAUGAAUAUUUUCUCAAAAGUCUAUUUAUUUUUCUUUAUAUACCGAGACGAUUCUAAUUACUCUUAUGGUUAUUUUAUUUUUGUUUUCAUUGUAUAAAAAAUUUAUUAAACCAUAUAAUUGUUAGAGUAUAAGAAGCUCAAACAAAUAGUACUUUGAGAAACAGUUUCUUAAGUUUUUAGUUAAAAGUUAAGAAACAGUUUAUUAUAUUACUCUAAGAAUCCCGCCCUAAAAACCCCUGGAUAAUGAUGUUCUUGUUUUGUUAUGUUCAAAUCUUAGAAUUUCUUAAUUUACAUAAAUUUGCCUUCCAUAAUUGUUCAAGUUCCAUAUAAGUACUUAUAUUCAUUCAUUUUUAACUAUAAAUAAUCACUCAAAAUUAUUUUAAAUUUUUUUUAAAAGAAAUCUUUAUCUUCUAAUGAACGGAGAUUUUGAAAUGAUUUGAAUAGUUUUUGCAAAAGAUGAAUACACAUCAGUACAGGACUUUAAAGCAUUUUACAAGGGAGGAUUUGGUAAGAAACCAAAACUCCUACCAAAUCAUUGAACCAAUACCUUAGAUCAUUCAUUAUAAAUAGAAAAUGUACAUAGACGCUAGUAGAUACUGAAACUGAGCGUUAAAAGGCAACAUCAGCAUUAGUUAAGCUAGCUCCAAUUUUCUCUCUUCUUUCUUUUUCUUGAUUACAAAACUAACCACACCUUCCUUCUCACUAUUACAACACUAAUGCUGAUUCCCCAUUAAAUCCCCAUUAAAAAUAUAAAAUCCCUGAUUCCCCAUCAAUUAUAAAUACAAAUCCCCUCAACGAGUGAUCUUCUAACCAUACACCAUCUCUAUUUUUCCAGCCGCCUUUUAAGCACUCUCUCAAGGAACAUGUCUCCGAACGUUCUCCGGUGGUUUAGCCUCGUCGCUCUUCUCUGGCUUCAAUCUAUCAACGGCACCAACUUGAGCUUCCCUGCUUACUCUUCACAGCUCAAAGAGUUUCUCUCGAUCUCUCAGUUCAAACUCAACUACCUCUCUUUCGCCUCCGACGCCGGAAAAGUCCUGGGAUUCAUCUCCGGUAUCGCCGCCGUUCACCUUCCUCUCCCCCUGGUCCUUCUCGCCGGAGGCUCUUUAGGUUUCGCCGGCUACGGUCUUCAGUAUCUCUCCAUAGUCAAAAAAAUGUUCACGUUAUCGUUUUAUCAGAUAUGGGGGCUGAGCUUCUUGGCCGGAAACAGUAUCUGCUGGAUCAACACGGCUUGUUACAUCGUCGCGAUAAAAAGCUUUCCGGUGAACCGUCAAGUCGCCGUGGGGAUCACGGCAAGUUAUCAAGGUUUGAGCGGGAAAAUAUACACCGACAUAGUCCACGCGUUCUUCUACUCGUCUCAACGCGAAGCCGCUUCAGGUUAUCUUUUGCUCAACUCUCUAGUUCCUUUGGUCGGUUGUGUCGUGACGGCUCCUAUGUUGAUGAGAGAAGCGAAAGCUACGUCGUAUUCCACUCGGGAUGUUAAAGUGGGUUUUAUCUUUCUCUUCGCUGUGACUAUAGCCACGGGGAUUUACGCGGUGGCUACGAGUCUUCUCCCUGCUCCCGCGGUUUUAGUACUCGUAGGCAUUGUUUUGUUUCUUCUUGCUCCUUUGGCUAUUCCUUUUGGAGUUAGGCUCGAAGAGGUUAUGACUUGUAGGAGAAGUCAGCAAAAGGUGUACGACUUUGAAUCUCCUUUUGAAGAAGAUGAAAAGAAAGAGGAAGAGGAGUUUGAUGAUGAGAAGGCGAUAGUUGGGGUUAAAGAAGAGGUCGAGUGGACAAAACUAUGGAUGAAACUCGAUUUUUGGACAUAUUUUGGACUUUAUUUGUUUGGUCCAACGGUCGGGCUAGUGUUUAUGAACAAUCUUGGUCAGAUCGCUGAGUCUCGUGGCUGCGCCGCGACCAGUUCAUUGGUGGCUCUCUCGUCCUCGUUCGGGUUUUUCGGCCGCCUGCUUCCUUCGUUACUCGACUACUUCCUCUCUAGGAACAAAUACAUGCCAUCAUGCCCGGUUUCUAUGGCGGUCUCACUGGUAGCGAUGGUUGCUUCGUUUUUACUCCUCCUCGUUGACUCUGACGUCGCUCUUUACAUCAGCACGGCGAUGAUCGGUGUUUUCUCCGGAGCAUUGACUUCUCUCUCCGUCACAAUGACUGCAGAGCUUUUUGGGACACAACACUUUGGAGUUAACCACAACAUUGUUGUCGGAAGCAUUCCUAUUGGUUCUUUCGCUUUUGGUUUAUUUGCCGCUAAAGUUUACCGCGAUGGAGCUUCCUUCGACGGACGUUUUGACGGAAAGUGUUACGGGAUGUAUUGCUUUCAAACCACUUUGAUCUUUUGGGCAAUGCUCAGUUCUGUGGCCGCCGUUCUUGCUGCCGUUUUAUAUCUACGGAAUCGCAAGUUCUACUCUCAGAAGCCAUGAAGAGAAACACAACAAAUGCACGCAAGCUCUCACUUCAUCUAACGAAUCAAUUUUUUGGUUCCAAAACGAAAUUUUUGUGUGUACAGUUAUGCGUUUUGUGUUACACCAACGGUGGGAAAGUAAUUUUUUUGUAUAGUAACGUGCAGUAAGAAAUAGAUAGAGAUAUAUUACACAAUGAUGUAAAGAUCAAAGUUUUAUUAAAGAUCCACUUUUUUUAUUUGUAUGGUAGUAAAUUCAAUGUUUUGCUAGAUUAGUGUGAUCAUUUAUUAACGCUGAAGAAUUUAAAACGACUUUGCUUCAAUAUAAGUGGUAACUAUGACAAUAGCAAUUUUCGGGUGAGUCCAAUUAAUAUAUCCCAACAUAAUAUUCUGUUGGUGCGUAGUUGAUGUUCGCUGGUUCGAACGUGUCCAAGAAUCUUGAUCAUGCGGCUGUUAUUCAAGUGAUUUUAAUUCUGAUGUGAAUUUUUUUUUUGUAUGGGACCCCAACACUAAUCAAUAUACUCUCACCUAAAUCAGAUUAUUUGGAUUACUCUAUGUCCAUAUAUUUUUAUUCGUCUGUGAUUACUAGACGUCAUUUAAAACAUUUUGUGAGAGAGAGACGACGGGAACGUAUUCAACCACGAGAAGGCCACCUAAACCAAUAUAUGGUCGAGAUAAAGACAUGCAUGAUUUACGGCUAUGCAGAAUUUAAGAUUUGAGCUUCAUACCUAUAUUUAUUCUAUGCAUUAAAGCAUUUUAUUCACUAUUACUGAUGUAUGACAAUUUUUACGUGAAAAUAAUUUUUUAUUGUGUUUUUACGAUACUCGUUUUGCAGCAUUUAGGUUGGUGAUUUGUACUACUAUUACCAUUUUUUUUUGUUAAAUAUGCGAAUUAUUCUAACUUAUUUGCUGAAGUCAUAUAUAAUUUUUUAUUAGCAAAAUAUCUGAUUUUUUUUAUUAAGAAUUAUUUCACUUCUAUAUGUUGGUAGAAAUGGUACCAUAUUUUACAUUUAUUUAAAACCCCGAUGAAUGAAUUAUUGUACGACUACACUUACUUUCAAAAUUGAUUACUACGCAAAUAAACCCUUUCUAGUAAUAGUUCAAUUUUUUUACAACAAAAUAAUGGUUCAGUUUGAUAACAACUUAUCUAGCUAUCUAGUAUCUAUCAACUCAUCUCGAGUGAACGUGUUAAAAUCUCAAAUCUGUAAAAUCAUAACUUAAAAUAUAUGAACACGAACCAAUCAAUUUUCUACUAAAUAAGUUUUAAAAUACCAUUAAUUUUUUACUAUAGUACAUAGAAAUUAUAUAUAUUGGUUUUAUAUUAAACAUAAAUGAGAAAUUAAUUAAUCAAAACAGUUGUUCUAAUAUAAUCAUCUCCUAGUUAAACUGGACCAACUGGGCGAACCACAUUUUAUUUUAAAACAAAUGGCAAUUUUCUAAAAUCAAAAGUAAAAGACGGAAACGAAGUACUUCGAAAGAAUGUUCUCGAACUUAUCGUAUGAAAAGUCAAUAAAUUCCUGAAGAUGAAGAUUUGCUGCCUCGUCAAAAAGUAGUUUCAAGACAAUUUAUAAUGAAGAUUUGCUGCCUCGUCAAAAAGUAGUUUCAAAACGAGUAUGAUUGAGAGAAACAUGGCAAAGCAAAUUAAGCUAAUAAGAAAGAUUCAGUGAAUAGGUUACGCGUCUUCAUGUGCAUGGUCAUGUCAUCAUCAUCAACAUUUACUCAUUGCUUCCUUCCCUACUUAAUUGAUUGUGACAUUGAUAUUGAUAUUUAUAGUUUAAUGAUACAAACAAGACUAAUCUGACGCAUGCGUAACGUCAAGUAUGACGCCACGGGAAUAGGUCUCUAUCUCCCAAUUCUAGGACAACUCCAAAAAAUCCAAAUUAAGCAUGGCAUACACAUCAGAUCAUCUAUUUGUGUUGCGUGGUCCUUACUUUAUUUAGAUACACAACCUUGAUUAAUUAUACACCAAAGCUACUCAACAGAUAUGUAGCCACAUUUUGUGACAAAUGAUACGAAAUCAUUUUUAAUAUUUGAAACAAGACCCUUUAAGUUUUUUUUUUUUGACAUCAAAUAGAAACUUUAAAGCAGUCCCUUGACCAGCUUGAACUAGCUAAUUCGGUGCAAAGCAGUUGAUAAAAGGAGAUCCAAAUACGCGUGAUCUUCCACCUUUAGCGAGGGUGUCGGCCAUUCAUCGAUUUUGGAAUAUGAGAUAUAGAAAAUUCUGUAAAAUCUGAUGACCACCCUUUAAGUUUAAUGGUGAUAUUUUCAAGUUAAUCAAAGCUUAAAGCCUUAAAAUAUGGAGGGUGUAACUUGUUACCCAUUUUUUCACAAAAACUUGUUACCAUUUAUAAACCAUCAUUAUUAUACUAAAAAUAUUUUAAUAUUUAAGAUGGUUUUAAAAUGCUUACCCAAAUCCAAACUUUUAUUGCUCGGACUAGGACAUGAUAGAACAGAAACAAUGAAAAACUCUUCUCCUAGAAACCAAAAUUUUUUUUUUUAGUUAAAAUCAACAAAACGAAAACUUUAACAUUAUCUUAUACAAUAAAGUUGGGUUAUGCUCUUUCAUCCUUCCUCCACGUCAGCAAAGAAGGAAGGGCAUUUUGCGCCACGUGUCUAACUCAAAAUUCUGUCUACGGAUGUAUCUUUGUGAUGGGCUCUGCGAUGGGUUUUCUGUGUUGCUGUUUGUUUUAAUUAUUUUCAAACUUUAUUUGGGUUUUAACAAAACAUUUUGUCUAGCCCAGAAGUUUAGAUUUCUUCAUCUUCUCUUCUGCGAACUUCGUCGAUUAGCAGUGAGUAUUCCAGAAAACUAAAGCGCCGAUCAACUCACCAUAACAUCUCCACCUUGCAUUAAUACCUCCUUUAAUCCGACCUUUAACGUAACUAAACCCACGAAGCAUUCAUUCGAUCUCAUCACCUCCCAAAGUAUCAGACUGAAGCUAUCAUUAUAAAUAUCCCAACUUCGAGCGAUAAACAACACAACUUUCAACGAGAUCGAGAAGAAUAGUAUGUGCUAAAUACCAAUUACACAAUGGCGAAUUCCUUCAUCCUACUUGCCGAUUUGAAAUCUGUUUGUUGAGGUUCUGGGAAGCUAGGAAUGUGAAGAAAGGCGAUGAACUGAUGAUUAUUGACAUGCUACUCCGUGAUGAGAAGGAGUAAGGAGUGAGUCCCUUUGCAUCAGAUAUAUGUGCCAUAAUUGAUGAGGCCUUUGAAGAGACCAUCCCGAAAACUUAUGUCUUGGAGCUUCUUAGUUUACUGCUUGGCGAUGAUUACACGGGGAAGAGACGAGACGGUUUAAGCAUAAAUCUUAUGCACUGUAUUGAUUGUUUUAUUUAUCUUUCGUUGACGUGGUUGUAGACAUGUUCCAUCAAGAAAAAAAUGGUUCCAUGUAGCUAAGAAGAUAGAUAAGGAAUGACGAGCAGUCAUUACUGACGUUGCAACGGUAUAUGGCUCUAGCAUGUAAUUGGAGCCGGGACUCAACAGUUUGUCCACAUGACUAACUGGGAGUUAAGGUUCAUGGAUUCAUAGAAAAGGUUCCGGCACGUGCUUGAUGUGUGUGGUUUGAAUGAAUCGUUGAAGUAUAUGGCUUUGAAGAAAGCAAUAACGUGAUGAUAGGAGAGAUGGAGUUGGUGUGGCAUGACUCAAACAGUGGCUGGAACAAGACUACGACAGGCUCAGUUAGAUGGCUUCAAUGGAAAUGAACUAUCUUAUAAGUUUUCUUGCGGAGUGUUUCUUAUACGGUUAUACCGACCCGAAAAGUGAAUCAGAUGCUUUUUCCAGUCAAAUAUUAAUCAUCAAGUUGCAGGUCACUGAAUCGCUUUGUAUAUAUGUUUUAGUGUAUUUUAGUAUUAUCUAAAAUAAAAAGGAUUUAUUGAGAGUUUUUUUUUAAGUACUUGAAAGUGUUUCCUAUAUAUUCAUUACAGAGAAUUAGGGCUGAACAAAAUAACCCAACCCAAAAAGUAGUAUAUGUUCAGAGUUCUCUGAAGUAUGUGUGGUUCAGAAUUAUAAAUUUAAAUAUUUUAAUUAUUUUCUAAAAUAAUAUUGCACAACUAUCUAAAAGAUUUUAUUAUCCGAAAAAAUAAAAAAAUAUCUAAAAACUACACAAAAUAGCCAAAAUAAAGAUUCAACAACAGUUCAAACACACAAAUAUUCAAAUAUUCAAAAUUAACCAAUUUUCAUAUUAAUUUAAUUUAUUUGAGCAUAUUUCAGAGUUAUAUGUUAUAUAUUAUUUUUAAAAUUGCCAAAAAUAAAUACUAAUAUACAGAGAAUUUAUAGUCCAAAGAAAAACCAGGUCAAACAUAUAUAACCAAAUGCAGCUAAAAAUGGAACCAAAACAUAAAUAAAAACAUGUGAAUUUAUAUGAACAAUUUUACCAAAAAAAUAUUUUAUGACAAUCAAAUCAAUAUUAUUUUUGACGUUUCAUCAGAACCGACCAAUGAAUAUAAACUUUUGGUCCGUUGAGUUUAACUUUUCUUCGGUUCUAAACUUCGUUAGACUACUUACUAUGUGUUAUGAAACAAAACUUUCUCUCUAUUCUUUUGGUAUGUGAUGUUAUAAAACUCUUUUUUCUUAAUGUGCUUUGAUAAAUGGUAAUGUUAAAAGCAACUACUUGAUUAUAAAGUUACCUCAUUGUAUAUGGCUUUGAAGAAAGCAAUAACGUGAUGAUAGGAGAGAUGGAGUUGGUGUGGCAUGACUCAAACAGUGGCUGGAACAAGACUACGACAGGCUCAGUUAGAUGGCUUCAAUGGAAAUGAACUAUCUUAUAAGUUUUCUUGCGGAGUGUUUCUUAUACGGUUAUACCGACCCGAAAAGUGAAUCAGAUGCUUUUUCCAGUCAAAUAUUAAUCAUCAAGUUGCAGGUCACUGAAUCGCUUUGUAUAUAUGUUUUUCCUACAGAUAUGUAUGUAUGCUUAAAUAGAACAGUUUCAGGUAGAAAUGAACUAAUUAAAUUUUAUUUUCUUUUUA